AGACAGAGUCCAGCAACAUGUCUGACGCAAACCAUCCAGGCAUCCAAAGCCCACACACCCCCGUGGAAGAGCGAUUUGGGGCCCUUCUCGCCAUCAACCCCGACGCCCUCACCACCUUGGCCAGUGACAUCCGUCGAAAGCUCACAACAGACACCUUCACCACGGCCACCCUGAUCGAGCGUCUCACAGGCAGCAAUUACCUCAUCCAUGUGAUCGAGUUCGACGACAAGCUGCGCUAUGUCAUUCGUCUGCCUUGCAGCGGUCGACCCGGCCACUUCACCGAGCCUGCCAAACGCGCCCUUAUUGCCAGAGUGGAAAUGAUGCGAUUCAUCCGCAAGCGAACUAUGAUUCCCAUGCCCGAGAUAUACGACUUCAAUGCCUCGGCAGCGAAUGUUCUCGAAGCGCCAUAUGUCGUGGAGGGUUUCAUUUCGGGAACCUCAGUUGCGGAUGUCUGGUUCGACGAGUCAGGCCCGAUGUCGUUAGAAGAGAAGCGUCUGCGGAUCCUGGAUAGUGUUGCGGAGGCGAUGGCACAGUUGCGCGGGUUCUACUUCGACAAGAUCGGCACUAUGUCAGACACAGGCAUCCAGUAUGCGGAGUACGGACCAUACGAGUCAACGGUGGAGUUUCUGCGCGAUCGUCUGGCAGUCACCUCCAACGAGGGCCUGGGAAGUAGUCCGUACGAGAUUGGCUGUCGCAUAUUCUUAGACAUGAUGAUCUCGUGCUUGCCGCUGUCGACGAAACGGAGAACGGAUGACCGCGAGACAUUCGUGCUGGCAGUGCCGCAGUUUGAAUCCAAGAAUAUCCGCCUUGAUGAGUAUUGCAAUGUGACGGGCAUCAUUGACUGGGAGGGGGCGCACACGAUGCCGCGAUUCUUGGGCUAUGCUGUUUUCCCUGGCUGGAUCACGAGGGAUUUGGACCCGGUGGUGUAUGGAUGGCCGUAUGACACGCGGGAGGAUUCUCCGGAGCAGUUGAAGCGGUACCGGUUGCUGUAUAAUCGGAAGAUGCAGGGGCUGCUGCGGGGCGUGGGAGAUGCGAGGUUCGUGAAUAAGACGCAUAUCUUCGAGGCGAUCUUGGCUGCGAUUGAGAAUCGGACGGCGCGGAUAGAGAUUGUGCGCACGCUGGUUGCGAAGGCAUUCCCGGCGAGUUUGGAUACGGCUGCGCGCUUGAUUGAGGAUGCCGGUGAUGGGGAGCUGCUGCGACGGGAUAGUGAGCGGUUGAAGGGAGGGUUUGAGGCGUUGCUUUCGAUUCCUCGUUAG